UUUGGAGGCAGCCCUCAGGAACGGUGGCUCAGCCUCCAGCCAGUGAGUUGCCGACUCUCCGGGUCUUCUGACAGACGGGACUGGGGUAGCUGCACACUCACGUACUCGCUCGGUAGCGUGUGUGUUAACCUAAUCCCUCCAGAGGAGCGCAGCACACUUUAGACUCAAGCGUGUGUGCCCGUGGAAGAGUCGGUCUCACACACACGCACUCCCUCCCACUCUCUCUGUCUGUGUGUCUCUUUCGCUCUGUCCCUCCGUCUUAAUCGCUCGCCACGGCCGACUGAGAAGAAGAGGUGGACAAAAGCCCCGGCCGGUGGCUGGGUUCGGCGGCACCCCGCCCAACAGCGCGCCGGCAGCACCAGCCUCUCUCUCCGGGCAGCGCGGCGGCGGCGGCGGCGGUGGGGGAAGAGAGAAAGGCGAGUCGGAGAGGAGGCAGCGCUGCUGGGCCACACAACCUCCAGAUCUGUGAAAGAAAUCUGCUGCCUUGUGACGAUGGAGAGAGCAAAUGCCGCACUGCGGAAGCGAAGUCAGUACAAUAAUCAGAUUGAAUCCGACAUCGAAGAGAAUAAGUUGCGGGUUCAAAAAACACCAUUGAAGGACAAAUGUUGCCAGACGGAUAUCCACCACUAUGGCUGCUGUGGACCAGCCUAUGUUCAGGAAAUAGGUGAUCCUCCCUUGUUACAACAACAGCUUCCGACGUCAAAAUCAGGAAUUCAGCAAAUCAUUGAGUGCUUCCGAACAGGAACCACACAAUUGAAGCAUCUUUUGCUGAAAGAGGUGGACACUAUCUUUGAAUGCAAGUUGUGUCGAAGCCUGUUCAGAGGUCUGCCCAACCUGAUUACACAUAAGGAGUUUUACUGCUUCCAAAGUCAGAAGAUCAAUGAACAUUUUCCAGAUUCGAGUAACAAGCAGAACCAGGCCAUACGGGAGCUUUUGGAAGCAAUCUAUCCUCGAGCAGAUAACCAGGACUUUAUCAUCAAACUGGAGCCUAUUGAAUCGAACAAGAACGCCGUGUUCCAGCAUGUAACCAGGGUGGACGACCCAGCCUUCAACGCCGAGCCCUACAGCGCUCAAACCCCCAGCCCCGUGUUGGUGCCGGAGCCGGAGGUCGAGCAGGUGGUGCCAGUGGAGGAGCCGAGAGUCGUGAGUUCAAUCCCCGCUGAGGUCGCCAAGAAGAAGGGAGCGGCCCCACCACUGCCGGUGGAGGAGAGCGCGGGGCCGGCCGAUGCGAAGGCCGACACCCCCGAAUCCUCCAGCCUCCCUCCCCACUUGAUCUGUUGCAUCUGCGGCAAGUCCUUCAACUCCCGGCGCAGCGUCCGGCGCCACAUCAGGAAGGUGCACAAGAAGAAGAUGGAAGAGCUGAAGAAGUACAUCGGCACCAAGAGCAGCAGGGGAAGCUGCCAGAGCCUCUCCUCCUCCUCCUCCAGCAGCAACAGCAACAGCAACGGAGGCGGCAACAACAACAGGGUCUGGUCUAGGACCAUGGGCGCUGCCACCACCAGCACCAACUGCCCCGUUUGCAGCAAGUUCUUUGCCUCCAAGGCCAACGUGCGCCGGCACUUUGACGAGGUGCACAGGGGCCUGCGGAGGGACUGCAUCACCCACGAGGUGGCCACCAAGCCGGGGCAGCCCCUCAGCCUGGAAGAGUCACCACCAGAGCAGCCGGCAGCCCCGGCUCCUCGCAAACGCAAGCCCCCCUCCUCCUCCUCCUCCACCGCUACCACCACCACCGCCACCUCCUUCCCCAAGCUGGGGUACAGCCUGGCCGCCUGCAAGUGUCUGCUGUGCAAGAGGACGUACAGCUCGCCCAUCGUGCUGAGACGCCACAUGGUGGCCUUGCACAAGAUCACUCUGGCCGAGCGCCCGAUCAAAGGGGCGACUGAGGCAGCAGCGCCCUCCGGAGGAGGUGAUGGGAAGGUGCCGGGGACGGAGGCGGUCGUCGCGGCCACGGUGGCGGGUGCCGACACGCCCAGCGGGCCAGAGGCGACCCCUUCACCCACGGCCAAGGCAAGUGCUCCCCAGGGCGACCCCAAGAGUUCCGGCCGACAAGAGACAGCCGACAAGAGCAGCGGUCCGCUGCCCAAGCACAAGGGGGUGAAGCAGGAGAACGACGGCCCCCGUGCCGCCAGCCCAGCCGCUGCCGCGGCCACAGUCGCCGCCGCCACCGGCCAGAGCAAAGCCAAGAAGCCCAAGCUCUCCAUGGGCUUCGACUUCAAGCAGCUCUACUGCAAGCUGUGCAAGCGGCAGUUCACCUCCAAGCAGAACCUGACCAAGCACAUCAAGAUGCACACGGACGGCAACAACAUCUACGUCAAGUUCUACAAGUGCCCGCUGUGCGACUACGAGACCCGGCGCAAGAGGGACGUGGUUCGCCACGUCACGGUGGUGCACAAGAAGUCCACCCGCUACCUGGGCAAAAUCAUCGCCAACCUGGAGAGCCGGGCGGUCAAGAAGCCCAUCGAGUUCGUCCUGAACCGGGCGCCCAAGAGGGGUCCACAGAGGGACGAGGGCAGGGCGCUCACCGCCGCCACCAUCAAGACCGAGGGCGCCUCCGCCUCCACCUCCCCGGUCUCGUCCCCGCUGGCUGGCAGGAGGAGCGAGAGCCUGGCCGAGCUGGGCACGGAGGUGAAGUUCACCAAGCAUUUCUCCCUUCACAAGUGCACUCACUGCGGGAAGGCCUUCGCCAAGAAGACCUACCUGGAGCACCACAAGAAGACGCACAGAAGCACCGCCCUGGCGUUGGAAAAUAAACACAUUGGCCGCAGCACCCGGUCCAAAGCCCUCUUGACCGAUGGUUCCAGAUGAUGUGCCAACGAUUUAACUUUGUAGAAUCCCAGCAGUGUGAAGAUCCAAGUUGUUGACCAGGCUGCGUGUGAGAGGAAGCCAAACUAUCGUGCACCUGAAAUUCAGAGCACUUCUACGUAAAAUGACAAUUGAUAACGAGAUGAUAACAGCAUAUAACUUUCCGGGACUCUUUUUAUUUUUACAAGUGGCACGAGAUGCCAUGCUAUGUGCGGCCAAGCCGAAGGAAAUAUGUAGUACCAUACUGGCCGUGAAUACCAAAUAUCUUUCCACACCUUGAGCAGAAACGUCCUGUUCACUCCAGUAUGCAAAUCAUAUUACAAGUCUACAGAAACCAUAUGCAAAUUAUUUCAAUGUUAUUAAAAUUCACAAUGCCAUAUUAGUCAACUCCCAGAAUGCUGAGUCUUAUAUAGGAACUGCUGGUGAAUGAUACAAAGUCCGAUGAACGUUACUUUGAUUGGGAAAGAACAGCACAUCAGGCAGUUCAUACUGUAUUCUGCACAAGCAUACUGUUUUCAGGCCUUCUUUCUCCUUUUAAGAGUGCAAAUGGUUACUACUGCUCCAUCUUGCAGCCACUCAGAGGACAGAGUGGCCACUGGAAAAUCAUUUUCUUUUCUCUCUGAUAUCACUUUUGCAUGCGAGAGUCACAUCUAAAACAUUUGCAAAUCAAUAAGGGUGUAUCGAGAUGCACAACUGCUCCAUGUUUAUUAGCCGAGACUAGAAACGAACAUUGAAAAGUUCUUGAAAAGUUGGUCAUGUGCAUUGCACAUUGUUUGUCUUGCAACCUUGAUAUCUUGAUGGUCAUUUGCACCAAACAAAAAUGAAAUGAGAGAUUCUUUUAAACACCCCCGGAUCAUUCUGCCUACAAUUUAAGCUGAGGACUCAGUUUAGGUAACCAAAUGAAUUGCAUUUAAAUGUUCAGUGUGCUCAGCCGAAGUGAAAUUUAACUUGGGUCAAUCCUCGUAAACUGUAAAUGGAUGUUAAUUUGUGAAAGGAAUUAGGCAGACUUGUCAAACACUAUAUGCUACGAUGGAACAUAUGAAAUCUUGUUAACUUUUACCGCUGCAAAUCGUUUGCAAUCAGCUAUAAUGGCCAGUUAAUUGUUUUCCUGACAAGUUGCCUAUUGGUUCCAAGGAUGCUGACUCCAAUGACCAAGAAAGCCAUGGUUUGCCUGUAAUAUAGUAAUUGACACUUUUUUUUGCAAGACAAAGCAAAUGGUUUCUCCUGAAUUUAGUCCAUUCUGUUUUCUGGCAUUUUUUUUUGUGUUUAGGAUGAUCAGUUUGACUGAUGAGAACAGAGGCUUUUGUUGUCAGCAAUUCUUUCCAUGCAAUUUGACAAGACAACUGCCUGGAUUCUGUGAAUCAAAGGAGUUCUGCUAAUGUACUACAUACAGCAAACUUUGUGGAGCGUGACGGAAGCUUGUAUAAAUAUCUUUAAGUCUUAGUUCUGGAAGUCUUUAGUUUAUUAAUCUCUGCAAAAACUACUGUCAGAACUAACAACAAAAGAGUUGUUAUGGGAAGGCUACGGAAUGCUGCAAGGGAAAUAACCAUUGCAUUUUCAAUUCUGAAAAAGAGUCCCGACCUGAAACGUCACCUAUCCAUGUUCCCCAGAGAUGCUGCCUGACCCGCUGAGUUACUUCAGCACUUUGCACCCUUUUAUUGCAUUUUGUAUUAUUUAGUAAAUUGAAGCGCUGCUCUUGGCUUCAGUCAGACAUUUGCAAUAAAAGGGUUGAAACGUCCCCAGGUGUCUGCUCACAAGCCAGCUACACAGGUGUGCUGUGAAGCAGUUUUGCCUUCCCAUCGAGGUAGCUGCACAGAGUGGUUUGCUUGUGAAGUCAGUCAAAUUGAUUUUGUGAGCUGGGGCAGAGACGAAAUCUGGUGUAAAGUUUCCAGGUGCUUCGUUUUUAAAAAAAAACAUUUAAAAAAAAUAUUAUCAGAACCACUAUCAUGUAUUUGUGUUUCACAGAUUCAGUGAUAGAGAGCCAACAUUGGAUAGAAACAGAUGCUGAUGUACACAAAGUGCUGUAGUAACUCAGUGAGUCAGGCAGCGUCUUUGGAGGACAGUGAUAGGUGACGUUUCGGGUCGGGACCUUUCUUCAGACUUGAGUCUGACUUGACUUGACCCGAUAACGUCACAUAUCCAUAUUCUGCAGAGAUUGUGCCUAACCUGCUGAGUUACUCCAGCACUUUGUGUCCUUCAGAGCUAUACAUUAACUUGGACCAGACUGUGUUGAGAUCACUUGCUAAUCUUGACCAAUGAAAUUUGCCCUGGAUUUAAAAAAAUGACAUGUGAGUUUAUGUAUUAAUUGAAUAGAAACUAUAAUGUUCAACGUAUUAAAGGUACAGCCUCAAUGUCCAUAUGGAAUAUAAGCCCAGGAUACAAAAGUGGGCAGGAUGUUCCACACACCAAAUAUAUGCAUCUGUAAAUUGAGCAGGUGAAUUUUAUGUUGACUUGUUUGUUGUCUGUGACUAUUUCUUUCUGAUUCUAGUAUGUUUUGCAAUGACUGCUAAUGCUGUAUUAUAUUUUUCAUAGUCAAUAUUGAGGACAAGGUUUGACAAUUUUGUAUUAAGACUUAGAAUUUUUAUUUUUAAAAUGAGUUUAGUAAUUGAAUACUCAUGAUAUGGUUACACUGGGUUGUGGCAAUGCUGACACAGGUACUUUCUGAAGUGAAGCACAAAAGCAUUUGCACAGCUUAAAAAUAACCAUUGGAUCUGACGGCAGAAUUCCCAGAACAGGGACAUUCGCCAAUCUGAAAUUAAAACUAUGUGCACUAAUUCUGCUCUCAGCAAAGGAAAGCAAAUUGCAUGUACCUGUGUUGCUUGUCACCACAAGGAAAGCAUUAACUUAAUUCAUGUCACAGGAUAUUUGCUUAGAAUGAAGGAAUAAGUUUGUCCUUUGCCGUUAGAAAGCAGGAGAAUGCCAUCGCCAAGUUCGUUUGACAUUGGCAGAAUGUCCUAAUUCUGCCCCUAUCAAUCAAUGGAUGAUUUAUUUUUCCCUCUCAACCUUAUUCUCCUACCGUCUCCCCAUAACCUUUGACACCCGUACUAAUCAAUCACGUAUUAAUCUCCAGUUUAGUUUAGAGAUACAGCGCAGAAACAGGCCCUUCGGCCCACCGGGUCAGUACCGGCCAGCAAUCCCCGCACACUAACGCUAUCCUACGCACACUAGGGGCCAUUUACAAUGAUACCGAGCCAAUCCACCUACAAACCUGUAUGUGUUUAUACUGUGGGAGGAAACCCAUGCAGGUCACGGAGAGAACAUACAAACUCCGUACAGACCAGCACCCGUAGUCAGGAUCGAUCCUGGGCCUCUGGCGCUGUGGCAGUUCUGCUGCUCAACUGCUGCGCCACUCCAAAAAAAAAAUACCCAAUGCUUUGACCUCUAUCGCCAUCCGUGGCUAUCAAUUCCACAGAUUCACCACCCACCGACUAAAGAAAUUCCCCCUCAUCUCCAUUCUAGACUGCUGUGCAAUACAAUAUAAACUACUUUCCAAUGUAUUUUGGCAAUCAGUUGUUGUCCACCUAUUAUUUUAAGCAUUCCAUCAAAUGACCAUCUCACAAUUGAUAUGUACAUGUUGGCAAGAUGGAAUGAGCUCAUGGGUGAAGGAGAUCAGCUACCCUGGCCAGGCCUGUAUCUGACCACCAACUCUGCCCUGGAUUGAAUGAUUAGUUCUUCACUGCUCUCUGGAGUUGCUUUGCAAACCAUGCAGUUCAGGGUACAUUUGCAGUGGGUAAUGAACAUUGGCCUUGGCAGUAAUACCUAGAACCUGUGAAUGAAUCCUAAAAAGUUACCUCAUAAGUUCUAGGAGCAGAAUUAGGCCACUCGGCACAUCAAGUGUACUCCGCCACUCAAUCAUGGCCGAUAUAUCUUUCCCUGACAACCCCAUUCUCCUGCCUUCUCCCCAUAACCCUUGACACCUUUACUAAUCAAGAACCUAUCAAUCCUCACCUUAAAAAUAUCCAUUGACUUGGCCUCCACAGCCUUCUGUGGCAAUUAGUUCCACAGAUUCACCACGUUACCUGUGGCAUAAUGUAAACAAUUAGAUAUGUUAAGAGUAUUAUUUAUAGAUGAUUUAAGUUCAUUUUCAUUACUAAGACAAAAAUUGUAGCGCACACCAUUUUAACAUGAAUUCGUUAUUUCUGUGGGAUUAUCUCUUUUGUUUUACUUUCACCUUUGCUGAGUUACAUUAGCCACUGGCAAAUCUUCUUUUGGCUGAUUAAUAGAGGUGUGUGGCUGAGAUACAGAGGGGAUUGUGUCCUGUUUAGUGCUCAAUUACCUGACCCCAUUAUUGGGGCCUAUUAUUGAGAAAGUACAGUACUUUGCAUUAUGGAGUGGAAAAGAAAUGGUGGUGCCUUUGAAACUGUGAACACUUGGUUGAGGAUAAGAACAGCAGUGCGAGUUCAACGCACUCUGAGUUUGUUGCUAUUUCAUGUCAGCGCACUGUGGCGCAGCUGUAAGAGCUGCUCAUCGCAGCACCAGAGACCCGGGUUCGAUCCUGACCUCGGGUGCUGCCCGUGUGGAGUUUGCAUGCUCUCCCUGUGACCGUGUUGGUUUCCUCCAGCUGCUCCACUUUCCUCCCACAUCCUAACGAUGUGCGACUUUGUACGUUAAUUGGUCUCCGCAAAAAUCGCCCCUAGUAUGUCGAAAGGAGUGGAUGAGAAAGUGGAAUAAUGUAGAACUCGUGUGAAUGGGUGAUCAAUUGCUGACAUGGACUCAGUGGGCCGAGUGGCCUGUUUCUACAUUGUAUUUCCAAACAACAACAUGUGAAUAAUGGUAAGAAUGAGGAAAUGCACAUUGCUUCACUUGUGAAGAUCAAUGUGGGAAAUGUGGACAGAAAUUAUAACAAAAGAAAAAUCAAAGAACGAAGAAUAUAUGUUCAAUAUUUCUAUGUUCUUCCAAAAGUUAGGAAAAAGUGAUUCAUUUAUAUAAACUUUGUUCUGUCCAAAGAACCACAGAUUCAAUACAUCCCUUUCUGUGACGCCCCCACUGUUCCAAGCUAAGACCACUUCUGCUGCUAUUCCAAUAAAACUCACGGCCAAUACAUAUGAGUAAUCCUACUAUUGUAAGCUAGUAUCUAGAGUGCCAAAGUAUAACUCGCACAUAUAUGUGAUUAAAAGAUACCACUUAAUGAAGAAAUUAGUAAUUUAAACUUUAACUUUUGCUUUAUCCUUUUCCAAGGUAGAGAAUCGUUGUCAUGUCUACUUCAAGACACAAUUGACACCAUUUUAUUCAAGAGCUUGCGUUAAAUGCUUUGGGAGAUAAAGCAAACAGUUGCAAUGAAUGCAGUUGUUUGCAUUAUUGGAACAGCUAACCUCUGCUCAUGGUUCAUGGUUAUCAUUUCUCAGCACUGUUCUUUAGAAGGAUACUUCCUCGAUGUGUUUAUCCUCAACCCUACAGAAAAGGAGAAACAGCAGAAUCGAUGAUUUGGGUCUCGACCCGAAACGUUGGCCAUUCCUUCUCUUCAGAAAUGCUGCCUGUCCCGCUGAGUUACUCCAGCUUUUUGUGUCUAACAGCAGAAUCGAAUUGGGUGGUGUUGAGGUGAGGGUUAAAGAAGUUAAGUUUAUAAAAAAAACUAUGGGAGUAUUCAAUUGUCUGUCUGAAGUGAGACAUUUAAUCUCAUUGUGUGCAAUUUUCGAUGUAUUUUUUUCCUUUAGAAAAUACUAAACCAUUCUUCCGUACAAGUUGAUAUGUGUAUAUACAGAAGGAAAAUGUCUGUUGUUCUGGAUGCUACUUGCUGCUUUAGGUAAACUGAAUGUAGACACGACUUUUGUUUCCGGAGUGAAAUGUAGGAACAAAGAUAAACUUAAGACGCUGAAAGAAACUGCGUGGUUGCAGUCAUUAGAAUAGUCACGUAUCGGUUCAAUCAGAAAAACCCAUUAACAUCUCUGAUUUUAUACAUGAACAAUCAUAUUCUCCGUGAACAUAAUUUAGCUGCUCACUCCGAAAGUUCAGAAGAAGAAAAUUGCCGAGAGAAUCUCUGGAUAACGGUGAAUAGCAAUUGAGUAUUGCAUUGGUAACCACAUUAUAACAAUAAAUAAAAUCAUUCAAACUGGAA